AUGACCGUUGCUGGAGGCCAUGGAAAAGGCAACGCCACCAAUCAACUCAAUUCCCCUUCCCGUCUUUUCGUUGAUGAUUACCAAACGGUGAUCGUCUCUGAUUACUGGAAUCAUCGUGUCAUUCAAUGGAAUAUAGGUGAUACGAAUGGACAAGUGGUAGCUGGUGGUCGUGGUAAUGGAAAUCGAUUAGAUCAAUUAAAUGGUCCAACCGAUGUUUUGAUUGACAAAGCGACAGAUAGCCUCAUUAUCUGUGAUGCAGUGAACCGACGAGUUGUACGAUGGUCUCGUCGUAAUGACACAACUCAAGGAGAGAUCCUCAUUAACGACAUCAAGUGUUCAGGACUGGUUAUGGAUGAUCAGAGAUAUCUCUAUGCCUCUGACAUCGACAACCAUGAAGUAAGACGAUAUCAAAUAGGAGACAGAAACGGGACUAUCGUCGCUGGCGGUAAUGGUCAAGGAGGUGGUCUCAAUCGGCUCAACUAUCCGUACUAUCUCUUUGUUGAUCAACAACAGACUGUCUACGUGUCAGACAAAUGGAAUCAUCGUGUUAUAAAAUGGAAUAAAGAUGCAAAAGAAGGAAUUCUCGUCGCUGGAGGUCGAGGGCAAGGAAGUGCUCUGACACAAUUGCCAUAUCCCAGUGGACUGUUUGUCGACAGGUUGGGUACACUUUAUGUGGUAGGUUCAGAGAAUAAUCGAAUAAUGCGUUGGCGUAAAGGAGAGACACAGGGUACUGUUGUUGUGAAUGGAAAUGGCGCAGGAACAGGAGCAAAUCAGUUGAAUUCUCCCACCGGUUUGUCCUUCGAUCGACAUAGCAAUCUCUAUGUCGUCGAUAAUUGGAAUCAUCGUGUUCAACGAUUUUCUAUCCAAUAA